AGAUCGGUACUCACAGCCGAGGCCGGGGCGGGCCUUUGGGUUGGUUCUCCUAGGGAUGCUCUCUCCGAAUCGCCUAGGCCAACCCCGUUCUCCCAAAGCCGCGGCCGCGCCGCACCAGCCCUCGGCCACCGACAUGGCCCUGUACUGCAGCGAAAACUUCGUGUACUCACAGCCCGCCGCCGCCGCCGCGCCCGGUGCGCCCUCGACCACCAGGGCGCCCUACUCGUUUUCCGACUACGCCGCGCCGCCCGCAGCGGCCGCCAACCCCUACCUGUGGCUCAACGGGCCCGGCGUGGGCGGCCCGGCCUCCGCUGCGGGCUACCUGGGCGCCCCGCCGCCGCCCCCCGGAGCAGCUCCCGGGCCGUUCCUGCAGCCCCCUGCCGCUCCGGGCACCUUCGCGGGCACCCAGCGGGGCUUCGCGCAGCCCUCGGCUGCUGCUCCCGCCUCGCCCGCCGGCUCGGCAGCUCCGGGCGAGUUGGGCUGGCUGUCGAUGGCCAGCCGCGAGGAUCUGAUGAAGAUGGUGCGUCCGCCCUACUCGUACUCGGCGCUCAUCGCCAUGGCCAUCCAGAGCGCUCCCGAGCGCAAGCUCACUCUCAGCCACAUCUACCAGUUCGUUGCCGACAACUUCCCUUUCUACCAGCGCAGCAAGGCCGGGUGGCAGAAUUCCAUCCGCCACAACCUAUCACUCAAUGACUGCUUCAAGAAGGUGCCCCGCGACGAGGAUGACCCAGGAAAAGGUAAUUACUGGACUCUAGAUCCAAACUGUGAAAAAAUGUUCGACAAUGGAAACUUCCGUCGGAAGCGAAAGCGCCGUUCUGAGGCCAACAGCAACCUCACUGCAGCUUCAGGAACAUCAAAAUCAGAAGGGCUAUCCUCGAGACUAAGAGCGAGUGGGAAGCUGGAAGGAGGCAGCCCCUCCUCUGCGAUGAGGCCAUCCCAGUCCGAGUCUCCAGCAGACGACGCCAAGAGUACCUCCUCCUCUCCUGGAGCAUCCAUCCCGUGCCUCAACACGUUCUUCAGCAGCCUUAGCACGCUAAGUGUGAGCCCCAGCAGCCUGAGCACCCAGCGAGCCAUCCCAGGCAAUCACCGCCACCUAGGGGGCACCCAGCUGCCCGCCAGCACGUUCCCCAACACCUCCACCCCAGGCAGCUCUCCAGACUCCGUGCAGCUGAGCACUGUGGGUGGAAGCAGCCAGCUGUCUUCCUACUACAGCCCGUUCCCUGGCGGCAGCGGCGGCGGCGGCGGGGACCAGAGUAGUCCCUUCAGCAGCCCUUUCUACAACUUCAGCAUGGUCAACAGCCUCAUCUACCCCCGGGAUGGCUCUGAUGUGUAAACAGCUCCUCAAGACUUCACAUGUCCACUUGAGAUCCGUUUUGAAUGUAGGCUCAGGAAGUCUGGGGUAGGGCUGAGCUUCAUUGAUUUCUGUGAGCCCCUGAACGAUCCUACAUUCCGCUGCCUAUGCUCACAUUAACCAGAGUAGUUCUUAGACUCCUGCAAGCUUUUCUAGGUUUCUCUGGUUGUGUGCCUCUCUGGAAAUAAAAGGCACCUUACUCAGUAGGUAAAACUCUGUGAGAAUGGCAUCUAUUUUAUUAUUCACUUGUUUAUCAGAACAGCAAGCUCAAAUGUAUACAGGCAGCUGGUUGGGGAAAAAGGCCAUUGAAGCUAUGGGUGGGAAAAAUUAAAGCUUUUGGCAGCUGGAGGCACAGGGGAUUGACCAGCUGGUCAUUUCCUUCAUAACAGCGUUCUGAUUUUUCAUGGAAAGCCAGAUCAUCUGGAUUUUUUUUUUUUUAAAUAAGAAAACUCCAAUUUUGUAUCCUUUGCCUCUUCUUGUAUCUAGGGUAUGCCACAAACCCUUUCUGAAUCCAGCUCACAAGUUACAAGUUACCUCUGUCUGGACAUGGUAGGUGCUUAUUGCAGAGAUUCUUUGUGCCAAAUGUUCUGUAGAUCUGGAAUGUCAACUCAGUUACUUCUCUACACAGUAAGUCUCCUUGUGUUCCAGGAUACUGGGUCUCUGACACCAUCGAAAGUACCAAAUUCUGUGUGGAAAAUAGGUAUGACUAUCUUUCUGAGAUGGUGGGUAAUAAUAUACCAAGGUCACACAUAGGAAAUAAUUGGUUCUCAAACAUGCCAGCCUCAUAAUUGACGACAGAGUAUCCAUGGGAUAAGGUCUGGAGACCAUUGUUUUAGUUCCUCCUGGUAAACCUGGCAUCCUGCCCCUUUUAGCUUGUGUCCUAGGUAUUUAUUUCAUUGACAGUGAAAUCUUACAGGUUCUUUUUGUUUGGAAUUUUGAGACAAGAUUCUGCUUAGCCCUAUGUAGACCAUGCUGGCCUUAAACUCACAGAGAUCUACCUCUGAGACCAAUCUUACAGAUUUGAAUUCUUUUAAAAGUUGUAUGUAUAUAAUAAAUCUGUUUCACCACCACCUCACUUCUGAGGUGACUUCAUUUGAAUAAUUUUUUAGUGGGGAGAAUCUAGCACAGCAUCAUACAGGAAGGAAAUGCUUGGUCAUCAUUAGUUGAACUCAGAGAGCGCUGCUGACAGACAGGAAUGAUUUGGAUUUACAGGAACAGCCCACCACUAAAUUGAAGGUAAUAUUCUACAAGCUCCCAUGACACUGUGUUCUUUCUUAAUAUUGAUAUGAGACAGGAACCUCAUGAAAUUGUAGUGGGGGGCCACGGGGAAUCCCUGUGGUGGUUUUUUUUUUUGUUUGUUUGUUUUUGUUUUAAGAUAGGCUUUAUGCCCCCUGUAUAUUAGAACUCACAACUUUAGUUAAAAUUUUUUAGAAAUGUAUGGAAAUUUUUAAUGGCCUCUUGAUGUACAAAUUCUAUCACCAUUGCUUAUUAAUUGUUAUGCAAAAAUAUAACCAAAGAAACUACUCGGCCUCAAACUUGGUGCAUAAAAUUUUUUUCUUAAUAUUUUUGUAUGUGAAGAAUCAUAAGGACUUUUAUGAAUAUUUCUAACACAACUCUAUAUUUGUAAAUUAAUUUAUAAUGUCUGCUGGA